UUCAUUCAGCAAAGCCUUCACAAAAUUUAUAUAGUUGAUAAUAUAGAAGGAGAAGCUAAGGAGUGUUAUGGAUCUCAACAACAAUAAUUUAGAUUUGGUUCUAAAUGAAGAGAAGAGCACAAAAUUGCUAGGAGCUCAAGCCCACAUAUGGAACCAAAUCUUCAACUUCAUCAACUCCAUGUCCCUAAAAUGUGCCAUUCAAUUAGGCAUACCAGAUAUUAUCAACAACCAUGGAAAACCCAUGACCAUUUCCCAACUCACACUUGCACUCCCCAUCAACAAAACCAAAUCCUCUUGUGUCUAUCGCCUCAUGCGGAUUUUAAUCCACUCUGGCUUUUUCGCUCUGCGAAAAGCCAAAGUAAUAAGAGAAGGAAAAGGAGAAGAAGAAGAAGAAGAAGGUUAUGUUAUUACCGACGCGUCCAAAUUAUUACUCAAAGACAAUCCCAUGAGUGUCACACCCUUCUUGCUAGCCAUGCUUGACCCUGUGAUGACUAAACCGUGGGAUUUUCUUAGCACUUGGUUCCAAAACGACGAUCCCAUGCCGUUUCACACGGCCAAUGGGACGACGCUUUGGGAUUACAAUAGUCACGCGCCAAAGCUGUCACAGUUCUUCAACGAAGCCAUGGCUAGUGACGCGCGGUUGGUGACGAGUGUGGUGGUCGAAAAGUGCAAGGGAGUGUUUGAGGGAGUUGAGUCAUUGGUUGAUGUUGGAGGAGGGACUGGGACUGUGGCCAAGUCCAUUGCAGCUGCUUUUCCUGAGAUUCAGUGUACUGUCCUUGAUUUACCUCAUGUUGUGGCUGAUUUGCAUGGUGGGAAUAACUUCAACUUUAUUGCUGGAGACAUGUUUGUUGAAGUUCCUACAUCUGAAGUAGUUUUGUUGAAGUGGAUAUUGCAUGAUUGGAACGACGAAGAAAGUGUGAAAAUACUAAAGAAAUGCAAAGAGGCCAUAAGCAAAAACAAGAAGAAAGUAGGGAAGGUCAUUAUAAUAGACAUGAAGGUUGAGAAUUAUGACAAAGACAAAAACGACAAGUCGUAUGAAACUCAACUCUUCUUUGACAUGUUGAUGAUGUGUUUGCUCACUGGAAAAGAGAGAAAUGAGGAAGAAUGGGCUAAACUAUUUAAAGAUGCAGGCUUCACUCAUUAUAAGAUUUCUCCUAUUUUGGGUCUAAGAUCUCUUAUUGAGGUCUAUCCAUAAUUAUAUCAAUAAUCUAUGGAUGAAAAAUAAUUAUUCAUUUUUUGCUUCACUACGUUGUAAUCUCCCAUGGCUUUGUCAAAUAUAAACACUAGUGUUUUUAUGUUCUA